GGCGCGCGGGGGAUGCCGGGAAGGCAGCAUGGAGACCCACGAGCUGUUCCGCCGCCUGGGCGCCGGGGCCCGCUUCGACCUGCGGCGCUUCGGGGGCGACGCGCGGCGCUUCGGGGUGGUCAGGGAAAACCACGGCAGCGUCUCCCUGGAGAGUCUCGACUUCUUCGGGAACAAGGAGGGAGCCCCUCGGGGGUCUGCCGAGGAGGGCUGGGGGCUCGCGGGGGCUGGAGAGGAGGUGAAGCAGCAGAAGGAUGGAGCAGGGAAAAACGAUGGAGAGGCGGCGGGAAAGAGAAAAAGAACGGCAGAAAGCAGUGAGGGGAAAAGAAAAAAGAAAAAGACGCGAGGAGCAGCAUCAAUGCCAGAGCUGUCAGAAAACAAUGGAAUAAAGUGGAUGUCCUCUCUGGAAGCAAAACUUGAAGAGACAAAAGACAAAAAACCUACUGCAGAGAAGCUUGAACGCUUGAGGAGAGAAAAGAUAAAUCGCUUCAGGAAUCAGCACAGGAUCAACAUUCAGGGAACAGAUCUCCCUGACCCGAUUGCCACCUUUGACCAGCUUCAGGAGGAGUACAAGGUGCACCCUAAAAUCAUGGAGAACAUCCAGGCUGCAGGGUUCCAUGUCCCCACUCCGAUCCAGAUGCAGGCGAUUCCCGUCAUGCUGCACGGUCGAGAGCUUCUGGCUUCAGCUCCUACUGGGUCUGGAAAAACACUGGCAUUUUGUAUCCCUCUCUUAACACAUCUGAAACAACCCAGGAACAAAGGAUUCAGGGCUGUGAUCAUAUCACCGACCCGAGAACUUGCCAGCCAGACCCACCGGGAGCUGGUGAAGCUGGCGGAGGGCACAGGCUUCAGGAUACACAUGAUCCACAAGGCAGCUGAAGCAGCCAAGAAGUUUGGGCCCAAGUCUUCCAAGAAAUUUGAUAUUCUGGUUACUACUCCCAACAGACUCAUUUAUUUGCUGAAAGAAGAUCCUCCAGCAAUAGACUUGAGCAGUGUGGAGUGGCUGGUGGUGGACGAGUCGGACAAGCUGUUUGAGGACGGGAAGUCGGGAUUCCGGGAGCAGCUGGCCUCCAUCUUCCUGGGCUGUACCUCCCACCUGGUGAGGAGGGCCCUGUUCAGUGCCACCUUCGCCCACGACGUGGAGGAGUGGUGCAAGCUCAACCUGGACAGCGUUGUCCUCGUGUCUGUUGGGGCAAGAAACUCUGCAGCAGAGACAGUAGAACAAGAGCUGUUGUUUGUUGGAUCUGAGACAGGAAAGCUAACAGCCAUGAGAGAGCUUGUUAAAAAGGGUUUUGCUCCUCCAGUCCUUGUUUUUGUACAGUCUAUUGAGAGGGCUAAAGAGCUUUUCCAUGAGCUCGUUUAUGAAGGCAUCAAUGUGGAUGUCAUCCAUGCAGACAAGACUCAGCAACAGAGGGAUAAGGUAGUGCACAGUUUCAGAGCUGGGAAGAUCUGGGUGCUCAUCUGCUCGGCCUUGUUGGCUCGAGGGAUUGAUUUCAAAGGAGUGAAUAUGGUCAUCAAUUAUGACUUGCCAACGAGUGCAGUGGAAUACAUCCACAGAAUAGGUCGUACUGGAAGAGCAGGGCACAGAGGAAAAGCAGUCACUUUCUUUACAGAAGAUGAUAAACCUUUAUUACGAAGUAUAGCCAACGUUAUCCAGCGAGCUGGCUGUCCUGUGCCAGACUACAUAAAACACUUGCCCAGACUGCAAAGCAAACAAAAGAAGAAAUUCAUUAAGAAACCUUUGACAAGAGAAUCCAUUUGUACAACCCCAAAGUGCUUCUUGAAAAAAGGCAAAAGAAAAAUGAAAACUACAAAGGAAAAUAUUAAGGAAAAGAAGAAAGUUAAAGAAGACAAGCAGGGCAGUAAAUUACAGACUGUUUCAGACAGCUGAAUUCAGACUGGUGAGUAGGGGCUGACACCUCUGUCUGUGCUGGAACAGAAGAAUGAAGAUGACAGCAAUGGUGAAGAGAGAAAAGUAUUUCUUGUGUUUCCUUCUGGGUGAGGAUGGAGGUUUACAUGCAAGAAAGUCUCUACUGCAAUGCCAGGGGAGGAUUCCUGGAUGCUUCUUAUAGAAGCUGAAGCGUGUGCUCGUGCAGUGCAUGCCUUGUGUUUCUGACAAUAGUUCAAAAAUAGCAUCACUUUGUGUUACUUGCACACAGUUGUGUAUUGCUUCUUGGAAAUACUGUCAGUUCUGUGUUCAGAUCGCCCCUAAUAUGUUUGUUAGACUUCCAGAAGAUUCAGAGGCAGGAAGCACACAGUGUUUACUGUCAGGUUUGAUAAAUGCAGCUGUCAGAGACUUCCCUGGGCACUUCAGGAAAACCAAACCAAACCCACUUCAAAGUAAAACCUUGCUCUGCCUACUUUUUUCUUCUGUAAAAUCAUUUUGAAAUAACUAAUACUCCACAUGUCUGUAAACCCCGGUACUUUUGUACUGUUUCAUAAUUGAGCCUCAAGCCAGAAUAAACAGGGUCAUAAGAUAAUA